AUGGACGCGCUGUUCACCGAUCCCAACUGCACUUUGUCGGUGCCCUGGUCCACGUGGCUGAGCCGCCUCGAGGGCCUGGGAGGUUUGGACCUGGGGCCCUUCGGGGCGGAGGCCACUGCGGAAGGCGUCAAGGCGCAGCAAGCAGAGGAGGCUGCCGCGGCGUUGGGUCUUGGCCCCGACAACAGCUGCUUCCUGGGGAGCUCGACACUUCUGCUGGCACAGGUCGUUGGUGCCUGGCGCCGUGGGCGCUUCGUGGCAGCCUUGCAGACCUUUGCAGUGUUGCAUGACCAUUUCCUGACUGCUGCUCAUCCCGGCUUCUUUCUGCAUAGUGCUUGGCCACUGGGUGACCAGGACGCGCGUUUUUGGAAGGACCGCCUGCUGUACCAGAUCCGGCGCUUUCGGCAGAUCGUGGGGCGAACCUUGGAUCAAGGGCAGAAAGCCUUCGAUGAGGUCCCAGAUGCCGUGGAGCGGGAGAACCUGGGCAGUUUCGCCUCCCACGCCUUCCAACAGAUGCAGCAGCGCAACACUUCAUCCCGCUGGCCUUGGGAGUUGUCUCCCACUGUCGCCUUGAUCCCCAACUACGGUGGCACCCUACCCCCGGUGCGCGUCUACGUCUACGGGGAGUCAGAGGUGCCAGCCCUGGGGCCUUUGACGCGCUCAGCGGCCUUCUGCCACUAUCGCCAGUGGGGGAUGGAUGUGGGUUUUCACGACUUCUUUCGAACCUCCCCUGUGCGCACCUUCACGCCGGAGGAGGCAGACUAUUUCUUCGUGCCAAGCUACGCCUGCUGUCACCAGAUCGCGGGGAUGGCGGAUUUUCCGGAGUUGGAUAGGGAUUACGAAGCGGCGGUGGCGCAGCUGGCGUAUUUCCAACGGGCCGGUGGAAGAGAUCACAUCUUCUCCUUCCACUAUAUUGACCUCUUCCCAUCCUGGCGCAAGCGCAUUCCCAAGAGUGUCAUUCUGACGCCAGAGACAGAGGUGGGCUUCGAAAGAUCUCUGGGGGACUUCGGUUUGGAUCAGACGCGCUUUCCCCCGUUCAACCCCUUGAAAGACAUCGUGGUGCCACCGUACAUCAAUCUCAAAGAUAUCUUAGGCUUCCACCGCCACAGCAAGGCCCUGGGCUCGCGUUCCAUCCUGGCCUCCUUCGCUGGGAAGCUCUGGGAUGCCGAGUCCGUGGCCGAGGCGGCGGAGGUGCGGAACCGGGUGGCGCAGCUGGGGAAGGCGCCCGGCUUCCGAAUACAUGGCUAUGCCAGUAUCAAGGACAUGCUGAAUCCAGAUGGCAUGCAAAGGCUUAUGGGCGACAGCGUUUUCUGCCUGGUGCCCCGCGGGCGCGCGGCGUGGUCCGUGCGAUUUUUUGAGUCUCUUUGGGCUGGCUGUGUGCCAGUGCUCUUGUCAGAUCACUAUCAACCAUCCUUCGACCAGCUGUUUGAUGCAACCGAGUUUGUCAUGAAAUGGCCCGUAUCUCGCAUAGAUGAGUCCUUGGUCUCCUUUUUGACUAACUUGCCGUUGGAUGUGGCGCGACGCUACAUCGCAAAUGGUCGCAAUGUGCGAUGUUGGUACCUCUACCCACCACCGGAGGUCUCUUGGAUCGGCGAUUGGCAAACGCGGCAUGAGCUGGAAGAAGUGGAGAAGCACGUGUGCCCCAACCUCUCCUCCUCCCGCAACGCCUUCCAAGCCGUCGUGGAGAUCCUGGCCCGCAGGAAGGUCGCGAGCCGAGUGAGGCCUGAAGCCUUUUACAUUCCAAACCCGCAGCGGAACUUCGAAACCACCGUGGUGGAUGCGGCAAGCAGCUCGCGACCCGUCAGCAAGGUGGUGUCGUUACUUCAGGGCAUGAAGGAACAGCUGGAAAGUGAAGCUUCAGAGGAAGCAGAGCUGAUGGAGAAGUACAACUGCUGGUGCAAGGAGAACGGAGAGGCUAAGGAGAAGGCCAUCUUGGAAGCCACUUCUCGAAUCGAGGAGUGGGAGAACCGGAUCGCCGAGCUCAGUGCUAUGAGCUCACGGUUGGGGACGGAGUACAAGAAUCUGCAAGAAGAGGUGGACAAGAACCAGGCAUCCAUGGAUGAAUCUAUGGCCCUUCGCAAGAAGGAGGUUGCAAAGUUCCACGAGGAAGAGAAAGAGCUCUUCAAUAGCCUCAAUUCAGUGUGGUCCUCAGUAUCACUGCUCACAUUGCGGGUGACCAAAGCACAUUUAACAUCUUUUAACAUCACACCCACAGCUAUCGGAAGCACUCACUCUACUUGA